GGUGUGAGUUGUCAAAGGCAGAGGCGCAGUUUGUAAAAACCUAGAAAUGUGUGAUUAUUUCGCGGAAAUAACCAUUGAAACGUAAAAGGGAUGUGUUCUUAUAUUUGUUUCUACCAAGAAAUGUUAAGGGCGUGUAACAGUUGCGAAUAGAAUUAGGAUCGUUUUCAUUUUGCAAUGGCGGAUGACACGAAUCAUCGCGACGCAAUAAAAAUGGCCGCUGUAUUGAGGAAUCACUGAUCUUGAUUGGACAAUGGAGCAGCAAAAUUUAUUGCAAAUCAAAUAUGACGAUGAAAUUAAAGUCUGUAGAACCCGGAAGAAGUUCCCGUGUCUCCUGGUACACAUUCGCAAUGUGCUCGUCGUACUGAUAUUAUUACUUCUUAUAGUUGUCUAUCGAGGUAUUAAAAUCCGCGAUGCAGAGUUCGAAGCGAUGGUACCUAAAAACGGCUGGUUUUACCUAAUGUUCAAAGAAAAAGAGCAACCAGCACUCAAUUUAUCCGUCAUACGACGAUUGAUAGACGAGUACAACAGAAACGAAACAAUAUUGAAUCAAGAUAUAUACGGCCCAAUUAAAAAGGACACAACAAUUCUGGUGAUACAAGUAAAAACCCUUACAUUGUAUUUGAAAAACCUUAUAAUGUCAAUGAGCGAUGUCCAUGGUAUAGAAGACGCGUUGGUGGUAUUUUCCCACUCGCAUUACGAUGAAAAUCUCAACGAGUUUGUCCGCAGCAUAGAUUUCUGUCGCAUUUUGCAAAUUUACUUCCCGUACUCCUUGCAAGCCAACCCAGAUACGUUUCCGGGAUUCGAAGCGGGUGACUGUCCGUAUUACAUAGAUAUUGCAACGGCCCGAGCGCAGAACUGCACGGGAGCGUAUAACCCAGAUUUACACGGCUACUAUAGACACCCUUCUACAGUGGAAAAGAAGCACCAUUGGUGGUGGACAGCCAAUAAAGUGUUUGAGAAUCUAACAUUCAGUAGCAAGCACGAGGGUAUGGUAGUUUUCUUAGACGAUGAUUUAUUUCUCCUGCAAGACUUUCUAUAUAUGGUGGUUUAUAUGAAGGAGUCUGCUACACCGCUGUCGCAGUACGAGUUUCUUUCCUUGGGAACUUUGACUGGUGACAUUGUGUUUGACGAGAGUAAGGCGUACCGUGUGGCGGUUACGUCUUGGGACCCGCAGUAUCACACAGCUGCUAUGGCGUUCGACGUAACCACUUGGAACAAAAUCGUAUCGCACUUCGACUUGUUUUGUAACGUCGACGAAUUCUCCUGGUCUCGUUCGUUGUUCUACUUGUCGCUGAACAAGAAGGGGAAUGGCGACAGGUUCAAAGUAUUAUCCUGUGACACUCCACGUGCUUACAAGAUCAAACCGCAAACUUUGUACGAACGAAUGCUGCAGUUGACGUCGUUGGAUACCGUUUAUCGUCUAUUGCAAAUAAAGACUAAGUACGAAGACAACUUGUUUCCUCCAACUCUAGAAGUUUACACGGACAUUGAAUUGCGGAGUCAAGAGUUUAAUGCUUUGUUUACAUUUGAGAACAGUGGCGGUUGGGGAGACCUGCGGGACAAGUUGUUGUGCCAGAACAUGACAAUAGCUAAAAUUAAACAAGUUGUUUUCGAUAUGGAGCGGUACAUUCAGGAACAAAAUUUUCUUGAUUAA